UUCAGUGAGUGUGAAUUUUAAUUUUGGUCUUUGGUUUCUUCGUUGUGCUUAUUUGAUGUGUGAGUUUUUGGAUGUGAUCGAGUAUGUUGAUCAUCGUGGUUAUCGUGUUGGAAUCGGCUUUGAGUUGUUUGUGUUGAAGGAAUGGUGAUGGAAGGCGGAGAUACUGAGAGUUGUUGCAGUAGCAGAGCUUCGGAGGCGUCGCCGGCAGCAGCGGCGAGUAGGAAGCGGAGGCCGAAGGUGGAGGUUUAUCAGGAGGUUCUUCGUCGUCUUCGAGAAUCGGAUUGUGAAGAGGCAUGUCAACCUGGUUUUGAAGAUCAGCUAUGGUCUCAUUUCAGUCGUCUUCCUGUUAGAUAUGCAUUGGAUGUGAAUGUCGAGAGGGCACAGGAAGUCCUUAUGCACAAAAAGUUAUUGCACAUGGCACAUGACCCGACUACUAGACCAGCAUUCAAAGCCCGCCUUAUUCAGCUUCAUGCUAGUAUUGCUGAAAAUGGCGUUGACUCUACUUCAAGCUAUACAAGGAUGAAAGAUGCCCAAAUUUCUAUCCAUCCAGGCAGGCAGAGUACUCAUCCACUACCUGCAUUUGGUUUAUCUUCGAGUCUUGCUUUUGAGGCCAGUAAAUCAAGUCUGCAAGGUGGAAACAAAGUUAUGAGUGCCAACCAGCACUUACUUCGGCCUUUGCACGAAAUUACGAUCUCAACAAAUGAUAAGCCUAAACUCCUAUGUAAGUUGACUUCACUGCUCUCUGAGAUUGGCCUGAAUAUUCAAGAAGCUCAUGCCUUUUCAACUACCGAUGGCUACUCCUUGGAUGUCUUUGUUGUUAAUGGGUGGCCGUAUGAGGAGACUAAGAAACUCAGAGAUGUACUAGCAAAGGAAAUACCAAGGGUCGAGGAGAUACCUUGGUCAAAAAAUUCACCAGUUUUGGAGACAAAGAAUUUUCGAGAAAGUGUUCAGAUGCCUGUGGAUGGGGGUGAUGUUUGGGAAAUUGAUGUUAAGCGGUUAAAGUUUGAAUAUAGGAUAUGUGGGGGGUCAUAUGGUGAUUUGUAUAAAGGUACAUAUUGUACUCAGGAUGUGGCUGUCAAAGCUCUCAAGGACGAGUAUUUAAAUGAAAAUGUGCAGAGAGAAUUUGCUCAGGAAGUCUAUAUAAUGAGGAAAAUUCGGCAUAAAAACAUUGUGCAAUUUAUUGGUGCAUGUACAAGACCUCCAAACCUUUGUAUCGUGACUGAAUUUAUGGCAGGUGGAAGCGUGUAUAAUUUCUUACAUAACCAACGAGGUCGUUUCGAUGUUCCAGCCAUACUCAAAAUAGCAACUCAUGUUUCGAAAGGAAUGAACUACUUGCACGAAAAUAAUAUAAUCCACAGGGAUCUUAAGAGUGCCAACCUUCUGAUGGAUGAAAAUGGAAUUGUAAAGGUUUCUGAUUUUGGUGUGGCUAGAGUGCAAAAUAAGUCCAGUGUUAUGACUGCAGAAACUGGUACUUACCGUUGGAUGGCUCCUGAGGUCAUUGAACACAUGCCUUACAAUCACAAAGCAGAUGUCUUCAGCUUUGGUAUUGUCUUGUGGGAGCUCUUAACACAGAAGCUUCCUUAUGCAAACUUGACUCCUCUUCAGGCAGCAAUAGGUGUGGUCCAAAAGGGUUUAAGGCCAGCAAUUCCGAAGAAUACUCAUCCAGAAAUUGUGGGAUUACUCGAGCGAUGCUGGCAUCAAGAUCCGUCUUUGAGGCCAGACUUUUCCGAGAUCGUUACAAUCUUGCUGCAUUUGUCUAAGAUGGUAGUCGAAGAGAAAAGAUCUAUCAAGAGAAGAAAUAUCAUAGAAGGUGUCUCUCGACCGGAUGAUGCAUGAGCGUUCUUGCUACCGUUUCCACGUCCAACUUGAAUAGCACGUAAGUUAACAGGUUAUCAAUAAUUUAGCAUGUUAGUUGUAUAUUCGAUCGUUUCUAGCUCUGGAAAAAUGCAACAUAAAAGAGCAAAUUUCCAGUAGCUUUAGAGUUUGGUAUAAAAGUUGUUUGUGGUUGUUGGUUUGAUGUAUAAAUAUGUAAGCAGAUUUGG